AUGGCAGACAAUAUUUCACCUACAAAUAGUCAAUUAGAUCUUACGAAAGCAGCUGACGAAGGGGUAGAUGUUUCUCAUUUGACCCCUCAAGAAUUGAAACUUUAUAAGAUGUAUGGUAAAUUGCCAUCAAAGAAAGAUUUGUUUAAGCAUCGUAUGCAAGAGAGGAAAUAUUUCGACAGUGGGGAUUAUGCAUUGAGGAAAGCAGGGGUAUUACAACAAAGUGAUGUUACUGGGAAUUCCAGCAAUAAUUUACCGACUACAAAUCCAAGUGGGUUAAGAGAAUCUAUUAUUAAGAGAAGGUUGAGUAGUAGUGCCGGGGACUCAGUAGGUAGGAAAGAUAGUAUUUCUAGUGGACCCCCACCUAGAUCACCUAAUAAAUAG